AGGAAGGGAACUGUCAACCCCAGCAUGGUCCACCCCAGUGGUGCACAUGGGCAUAACCAGCUCAUAUCGGUCCGACCACGUGGAUCGAGACCUGUAUCUGUCAUGCCUACCAUCCCCGCUGACGCACCGCUGCCUUCAAGGUAUCAGCGGUCGUCGUCUAACCCUUCGUCGUUGUCUGCACUCCCCUCCCCUACCCGAGAGAAGGAUGAUCCAGAAGAAGAAGCAGGGAGAGAAGCGCAAAGAAGAGGAGAAAGAGACGCCGAAGAGGAAAGAGAGCGACAGGGAGAAAGAGAGGCAGAAAGAGAAAGAGAAAGGAGAAAGAUAUCCGACCAUCCUCCCCAACUUCCUCAACUGGUCUUGACCACAAGCGGGGAGGGGUUCGAAACACUCCUCCCACUACUCUCUGCCAGUGAGGAAAGCAGAAGCAGCGGCGUUUCCUCCAGCCUCUAUUCCAGCCUCUCAUCGGGGACGCUGGUGUCCUUCCCCCUCCUUUCAGAGGCGGAUCGUUUCACACCAGACAAGUCCUCCGAUCCCUCCAGUCCCUCCCCUAACCCCUUAUCUCCCUCUACCACCCCUGCCCAGUCACCGGUAUCCCACACGCCCCCGAGCACUCCCCCCUUCAAGCCCACACUUCCAUCCACCCUCUACUUGCAGGACGACCUACCUUCCCCAGCGGACGACCUCCCCCGCAGUAGCCCCCUCCGACCCGUCUCAAGCCGAACACCAGACCCGACACCUCCGAGCCCGGAAGACGUCGACUGGGGAAAGCUGGAGCGUAUUAUGGGCACUUGGAGAGCGGGACAGAGAGCGAGGAGCCGGGAGGUGGUGGAGGUGGUUAGGAAGGGCGAGGAGGAGAGGAAGAGGAGGUCCAUGUUUCCUGGGGGCAUGGAUGGGUGAGGUGCGAAGCAGAGGAGGCCGUCGGAACGACAAGCCCGCAGCAAGGCUUGUCGGCGAACGGCAUAUUGGCGACCUUCAACAGUCCACGCCAUAUAUGAAAGAAGUCUCCGCCGAUUCAUUAUAUCCGCCCACUUUGCUGGUCUGCUAGGGAGACCGAGUAACCAGCAGUCGAAGACACGAGACCAAGAUCUCAACAUCAAUAAGAUUUCACAUACUACCGCAUGUUUUCGAAGCAAAUUGAAAUUGGACGCUACAAACGUCGACUAGGCACUGUAGAUAUUUCAGGUGGUCACCAAGGAUGUGCACCACACUUCAC